AUGUCUUCGGUGGUACUCUUUAGCAAAUGGAGAGUUUCUCCGCGUGCCAAAAAUCUUGUAUCGCUUUUACCACGAUCUGGGGAAUGGUUACGGUUGCACUCCAGCAGCAGCAACAAAUGGAUUAACAGACAACAGAAUGACGUAUACUCGAAGGAGGCUAAACUUCGAAACUUAAAGUCUAGAGCAUCUUUCAAAUUGAUGGAAAUUGAUGACAAGUACAAAUUAUUCAAGAGCGAUGUGCCACAAAGCGUGUUGGAUUUAGGGUUCGCACCAGGUUCUUGGUCUUUGGUCGCAAGGCAAAGAACAGAUCCAAGCAGUAUGAUUCUUGGGGUCGAUAUCUUACCUUGCGAACCACCACGCGGUGUCAGCUCUUUACAGGCUAAUAUCCUUUCCUCAAAGACCCAAGAUCUUAUCAGAUUAUACUUUUCGAAACAUUUCCAAGUGGAUCGACUCUUCAAUACCCAUUCGAUCCCAAUAGAUAAAGACCAUGGAUAUCUACCGCCAAGACUCAACACAAUAGAAGAUACAGUGGAAAGAGAGGCUGAACAAGAUAAUGAGGAGUAUAGAGAAAUUUUUACUGCUGACGACCAUGCGCACACAGGGAAAAUUGCCAAGAGACCCAUUGACGUUAUCCUAAGUGACAUGUUGAUGAACACAUCAGGUGUACCAUUACGUGAUCAUUUGUUGUCAAUCGAUCUCUGCGAUGCUGCAUUAGUAACUGCUAUAGAUUUGCUGAAACCCAAGGGAGCGUUUGUCUGCAAAUUGUACCGGGGCAAGGAAGAUAAGUCAUUUGAAAAACGCUUGAGAUCUGUAUUUGAUAAAGUUCAUAUUUUCAAGCCUGCUUCUUCGAGAAGCGAAUCUAAAGAAGCUUAUUUUGUUGGAUUGAAAAAAAAGGCAAAGGUCGAUAAAGUAGCUGUUUUCACUUCCUAA